UGAAGUGGAGACACGUCUUGCUCAUGUUUUACCUGUAGUCACCUGGUUUAUCGGUGGCGUUUAAAUAGUGCAUUUCCUUCGCACUUUGACGUUCAUACCGGUCCGACGGCGACCGCGUUAUUGAGAAAGCGACCUGUAACGAUGCUAACCGGCAGAGAUGCUACACAACAGAAGAGUGGCCACAAACAGCGAGUCAUGCUGUUUAAAGCACGCCCCUCAACAAGAGGUGGAGUGUUACCCAUGAGCCAUUGCGGUGACAGCCCGGUUGUGCGACUGCUCUCGCGCUGGUAGCAUCUCUGAUCGCUGCCUUCUUGACACGCCUUUUGUUGUCUCGUCCAUCGCUGCUAACAAGAACCACCCGCAGCCAGCAGCAACCCAGGAAACCAGAACCGGGCGCACGUCCUUCACGUUGUCAGGAUGAGCGCGGACGACACCAACCCGGCGGCGCUGGCCAAGCCUGUGGCGGAUGUGCAGGGAGACGCGCGCUGGAUCUCGCAGCACACGCGGUUCGUGCAGGAGUGUAAGGACGGUGAACCUGAGGUCCUCUUCAUCGGAGACUCCAUGGUGCAGCUCAUGCAGCAGUAUGAGGUGUGGAGGGAGUUGUUCUCGCCUCUUCACGCGCUGAACUUCGGCAUCGGGGGCGACACCACGUGCAACGUCCUGUGGAGGCUGCAGAACGGAGAGCUGGAGAACAUCCGACCCAAAGUGGUGGUGCUAUGGGUGGGAACCAACAACCAUGAACACACGGCAGAGCAAGUGGCCGGUGGGAUCCUGGCCAUCGCAGAGCUGCUGACCUCUACGCUUCCUAAAGCCAAGGUCAUCGUGCUGGGCCUGUUGCCGCGUGGCGAGCGGCCCAACCCCCUGCGAGAGAAAAACGCUGCCGUCAACAACUUCCUUCGCUCUUGGCUUCCACGCCUCAGCCAGACUCAGCUGCUGGACGUCAGCGGCGAGUUCGUCCACUCGGACGGAACCAUCAGCCCGCAGGACAUGUUCGACUUCCUCCACCUGACGUCGUCGGGGUACCGCGCCAUCGCCAAGCCUCUCAGCGACCUGCUGCUCCAGAUCCUGGAGGAGACGCCGGAGGAGCGGCGGGCGUCGUUGGUUUGAGGAGGACGGCGAGGAGCAUGUGAAUCCAGGGGCGUGGCCUGCUGGGGGACAUGCCGCUGGAGUCCUGAGGAGGAGGUGGGGAAGGGGGCCGGGUCAUGGGGUCGCUCCACUGACCCCGUCCACGGGCCAUGCUGCAUUCGUGGUUCAGGUUCUCACCUACCAGGUGAGACCAGGUCUGGAGCCACAUCUGCUGCAGCCAGUUUGCCCAUCUAACUGCACAAUUCCCUUCACAUGCUUCACCUUUUCAACACUAAUUCAGCUCCAGUCUUUAGUGCUUUUUUGACCCAUUCGCUUCUGUGCUGCUCCGGUGUAGUGAUCUGAGCCAACAAAGAUGGUGACUGACUCCCGACCUGAGACCAGCAGAGAGGCGUCACUCUGAUCACGAAGUAUUUCUCCAGCAGUGACGCCUCUGGCUUCGUCAGAAUCGCAUGCCUUUUUUGGGGCGACACAUUUGCUGAAGGUGAAUGGGGUGCAGGUGUUUAAUCCGACAUGUGCUCCGAGGUCCUGUGGUCACCUCCGGCCCCCGUCUCUUUUCCAAACAUCUGCCAUCCGUUUGCCCAGCAGAAACACAAGAACUUCACGAAUGAUUCCUCAGUUUUUGAAGUGAAGAAACUUAAAAUGUACAUAGUGUUAAGCCUGAAUAGCUCGGUGUCGGCCAUGUUUUCUCCACCUGUGCAGGCAGUUAUUCUCCGACGAUCCUGCUGCGCACUGGUGCUGUCAGUCAAAGCUUCUGAAUGUAUGAUAUCAAACAGGUUUAUUUUCCUACAUAGACUUGAUAUGGUUCCUGCUCUUUAUCGCUGGGUAGAGGCUGAUAUUGGCGUGGUUACCACUCUCAAACGUAGUCACUCCCUCUGUGGUUGUCCUCCUGCGCCACGCCUCCUUCACCUGCUUGUAGAAGAGUAGCGCCUCCCGCCGCGACCACGCCGCCAGCCCUUUAGUCCGCCACAUGAAGCGUUUUAUUCCUCCGUCUGUGAUUAAGUGACAUUAAAACUCUGCUCGUGCGCUGAGUGAGUGAGUGUGUGUGUGCAUGUCUCGUGUGUUUCUGGGGACCGGUGUGAGUGUGUGAACUCUGGAUGUUUACGUUCCUUGACCCUCAUUUGUAAAUACGACCUGAAGCCUGGAAGAUUGUUCGGUGCGAUGAUUUGUUUACACUGUUGCUUGUUGUCACGCAGAGAAAAAUCAUUCCAAUAAAAAGACGUGGAUCUCAGCGAGUGUGUUUCCCUCCCUCCUCAGAGAUGACGGGUCUGUGGCCGUGCGUCAUUCGUUUGUCCCGUCAACACUCUGGCCGAGGAACGCCUCGGAUCUGCUGAUGAUGAUUGUCAGUUAAGUGGAAACGUAGACGUAACUCGGGUUUGUUCGUGAUCAGAUGCUCGAUUUGUGGAUUGUUUUUAUUCAGCUCUACAGUAGAUGCGGGGUGUGUUCGGCAGGGGGCGCUGUUGCACCGGGAAACGUUAUUUCAGAGUCCAGUUUGAAGGUUCAGGGAAAUGUAUGCUCAGAUCGUUCCCUGUCUUCGAUUCACAUUUCUGCGUUUCAAUACGGUUUUUGUACAUCAGUCCUUUUGUUACAACAAAAGGAGAAUGAAUGUAUCCGAAUCGUGGGAGUACGGCGCUGAAUCCGAGCUCUCGAAACAACUCUGAUUCUUUUUCGACCUGCAGGUGAACGCUGGCUCUACUCCGAGUCUCUAAUGGACGACAGAGUUCUGCAGUGAAACCCCGUCUUUAGUUCACCGGAGGAGAGCGUGGAUGCCAUAAAGCAGCACCUGGGUUUCACAUCCGGUGCCAAGCGAUUCCUAAUUUGAAUAUUCAUCCGACGUCUUGUCCUCACCUCCCUCUCGCCCAAAUUAGAAAACGCAUGCGGCGCCCCACUCUCCCACUCGUCCUCGCAGCCACCAGUCUGGUGACGUCAUGUCCACGCUCCCCGUGAGUCACACACCCAGCCUGGGCCUCCGGCGGAGUCUCCGCGGCGGAUGACGGGGGCUGAGCACGGGCCUCAGCUCCAAGCCCCGCUGGAGCUCUGGCAGGCGGGAACCGUUCAUUCACCAGGCUUCCAUCGAACGUGAGGCGGUUCAUGAAUGGAUAACACUGCACCCCGUAAUGGCCCAGUGGCAGGUUCCACUCCGACGCUGCCUUGCUCAGUGACCCUCACAGGAGUGGCACCUGCGACCCCGAGUUCACUGGUGAACGUGCUGCUUUGUUGGGGACUUUCCUGGUGUUUUUCUCAUGAAACCGAAGACGCAGCGAGAACAAAACAGAGUUAACUGUGGACAGAUGUGGCAGCGAGGAGCAGGAGCAGAUUUAGGAGUAAUGAGGAGAGAAAGUGGGACGUUGAUCCGUCAGUGGUUGGGUUCAAACGUGUGGCUCAGGGGCUGAAUCAGGCCGCCAUGACAGUUGAUUCAGCCUCUUCAUCUCCAGUCGUCCUCAGCUCUGACUCGCUCUCUGCCCCAACCAUCUCACCUCCUGCACCUUUCCUCCAAACCUCUCCGCAUCUCCUCUGAGAUGCUCAGGUCUGACUCAGUCCCGACACCAGUCACUUCCACCCGGACUGCACUCUCUUCUUCACCUCCCUGCAGCUCCAUCUUUUUCACAUUUCCCUGUUAUCAAUGCUUUAGUUUUUUCUUCUACGACCUUAAACAGUCCAGUGUUCCAGGACGUUCCAUCAGCUACUGACUUGUGAAGAAGCUCCUCCUCCUUCUGCGAAAUGACACAUUCAAUCCCAUGACGCUCUUGACUUGACUCGUGUCUAACAGCGAUGACAACAAUUCAUCAGAAAGAGAAUUUGGUGAAAGUGGAUGUAAGCCUGUGCUUCAAGGGGAAGUGGAGGACGUGUUUAACCUCAGAGAGUCAAAGGUCAGGCUGUGUUUCACCCUGAAGAUGAUUCUUUGUGCGCUAACUCCAUGACUCCACAUCAGAGUGCAGCCCCGCCCCCUCAGGUGGGAUGAACGCGGUGACCUCUCCUCCACUCACUCGUGCUGUGUUCUCUUCCAGGAUCUUUGUGAAAGGCGUUUCCUGCUGAAGGGCAGGGCAGUGACUCACGGGGAAGAGGAAGUUCUUGCCCUCACCCUGAACUCACUUUGGUUUCCUGACGUGACUCCGCUCUCCGGUCCCGACCUCCACAAACUCUGCUGUUUUGACUGCGAUUUGAAGCAGCUGCUGCGUCGACCUUGGCUUCUGAGAAAGCCCAACUGCUGAGUCGGCGCUUCAGUUGGAACUGGGAGUAAGCAGUGAGAGUGUGAUAGUCCUCUUUUUCUCUCUUGAAGUGAUAAAAUCCCGCCUUCGGACGGACUUUUUAUGGUGCGUUUAUGACGCGGCUUAUCGAAGGGUUGAGCAACCGCAGGCUCUCAGCUCGGCUGUGGCUCACAACAAAGCUGCUGUCGACGAAUCACCUCAUGCUUGGGAGUUACCUAACGGUUCACAAGGGAACACUCUCACGCAGCGUGUCAGCGCCUCACAUGGUGACCUCACAGGUGCCUUGCAUCAUGGCAUGAGGUUCUGACUUCAAGUUGUGAACUGUUACUGACAAGAAAAGCCUUCGGUUUUCGCUCUGUGACCCCCGAAAGUUCUGUGUUUCAUCCUCACUCUUUCUGUUCUCCAACACUGUGGGGAACUUCUUCUGAGCUGAGAGUGGUCAGAAGGUCCUCAGCUCAGGUCCAGAACCUUCCCUUGGAGCUUGUGUGGGUCGGCCAAAACAACUUCUCCUUUCAGAGUUUCCCUUCCUCCACCUUCAUCUGUCGUCCUGCAGUCGCACCUUCAUGACCCUCGCUAGUUUCCUCCUUCUUCUCCUCAAACCCCUCCCUCACCUCUCCACCUCAUGCAUUAGCACUGUUGUCCACGGUGGCCCCUGCUUCUCACCCUGUGUAGCUGGGACAGAGCUCAGAGAGAAAAAGAAGUUUUGAAUUGAACUUAAAUUUUGUCACUUAAGUGUGAGGAUACAAGAACAAAAUAGGUGAAAAAAUUCAAUAUGUUAUCCAAUAAUAUAUAUUUUACUCUUUAUAUACAUUUUAUUCUCAACAUGGAUCCUGAAUAUUUGAAGUGUAAAUAAGUUUGUAGCAGAACUAUAUUAAAAUAAUGAUUAAAAAGUCAUUUUAUAACGUGUUUUUUCCCAGUGUUUUGGAUGCAUUUAUUGUGGUGGACAAUAAUACUAUUAAAAUGGUCAUUAUCACAUAAUGUGAAUUAUAAUAUUACUGUGAGGUAGCUACAGACACGUGACCAAGGGGCAUUAUGUCAAUGGGACAGUUGCUCUUUGACUCUCAAAGAUCUAAAAAUAGCCAACAAGUAUUUUUUUGGUUAGAGCUCACGAGGGCCGCGCAGAUGAAGGCAGAGGGCCUCAUGUGGCCCCUGCGACACCUGACCUCGAGUGAGUCAGACAAGAUGAUGAAGUCUGCAGGUUAAAAAACACGUCAGGCCUGUUGAUAGACAAAUAAAACUUUAUUUAAAAUGGACGAGUUUGUCACAUGACCCGGACGGUGAUGGAUGUGACGGUCGGGACAAGGCCCCGCCGCCGCGGGUCUGGGGUGAAGGUCAGGGGUCGGGUGGCUGUGUUGAUUCUGUCGCCUCCCUCAGCUGGAGACGCUGGACAUGCGUCAGAAAGGUCAGCGGCGGCUGGUUCAGCUGUCGACUGUGGCUGCAUUGAUUCGCAGAAAGACGGCGGGAAUGUGAAGAAGUGAUGUGGAAAUGCUUGGCGUGCUUGGUCCCCGGGUCGCGCCGGUUCAGUCUCUCACACCCAGGAGGGGGUGCCAGAGUGGGAGAAGCAGGGCUCAGUUGUCGUUGAUGAUCUGCCGAGGUCGGCCGUAUCCCGUCAUUCCGGCCUGCGACGCGCCUUUGUUUGUGCCCAUCUGCAGCCCGAUGACGUUCCUGCCCUCGUUCAGCUGCUCGUCGGAGAACUCCCUCCUGUUCUCCUGAGCUUUCCUGCGCACAGACACACGCCUCCUCACUCUCCGCCCUCGGCUCCCCUGCCAGGAGACGGCGCUCACCUGUGGAACCAGUUGAGGUCUCCUCUGUAGAAGCCGUCCUGCUUGGUGACUGCCAGAGAGCCCAGAGCCAUCAGGGUCCUCUGGACCGCAGCCAGGUCUCUGCCUGAGCACAAGACAGCGUCUCUGUCAGACAAACACCCUGGAGACCGUACACCACCACGAGGCUCCACACUGGGUCGGGGACAGUCAAAGUCUUGAACCUGGUCUCAUCAUCUGACUUGCUCUUUAUUCCUUCUGAUCCUUCAAAGUCUUGGUCUCAUCCUAGUCCAGCAACUCCUCAUCCCUAACCUCAAAGUCUUGGUCUCACCUCUCCCUAGCCUUGGGUUUGACCUGGUCUCGCCCCCUCAAAAUCUUGUCCCAGUCUUGUUCUUCAACCUGAUCCCAUACCUGCCCUGUCUUGGUCUUGAUUCCUUCUUCCCUCCUCAAAGACUCUCAUGAGUCUCGUCUCAGUCUCUGUCUCACCCUGGUCUUCAUUCUGUCUUUCCUCUAGUGGGUCUUGAAUCUGUCUUGCCCCCUCAAAGUCGAGGUCUUGACUUUGUCUCACAUCUCCCCAGCCUUGGUCUUGAUUCUGUUGUGACCCCUCAAAGCCUUGUACUAGUCUCGGUCUCAUUCCUCCCUGGCCUUGCUCUUGACCCAGACAUGUCCCUUAAAGUCUUGUCUUGAUCAUGUCCUGGUCUUAGUCUCACCCCUCUCUGGUCUGGGGUCUGUCUUUCCCCCUCAAAGUCUUGCCUUAGUCUUGGAGUUGUUCUUCACCCUAACUGGCCUUGGUCAUGACCCAGACAUGUCUCAGUCUUGUUGUGACCUUGUCUCGGUCUCACCCCUCCCUGGUCUUGGACUUUGACUCAUCCCUCCCUAGCCUUGGUCUUGAUUCCUUCUCUCCUCCUCAGAGUCGCCCCAGUCUCCGGUUGGGGGGCCUGGACUCCAGCAGCAGGAUAAGCCUGUCACCAAGGUGUGGCUGAACCAAAGACUCAACAGUCACCUUCGUAGAGGUCCACCGACUGGAACAAGUCCAUUUUGAUGACGCCGUACUUUUCGGCGGCGUUGAGGAAGAGAACGAUCUGCUCCAUCUGCUUGAAGGCCAUGCCCGAGCUCUUGAUGCCGGCCACGGGCUUGUGCUCUCCAUGCAGACUGUUGAUGAGGUGGCACAGAACCUGGAGGCAGAGAGAAGCUGUUGAGCUCGGACCGCUCACGGACCGCUCACCACACGCUGCACGGACAAGACAGAAGUGAACAGGAGCUUCUGAAGAACAGAGGGUCGACACACGGAUGCAUGCAGGAACGUGCAGAGACACGAAGGGGGUGGAGUCACGCCAGUCACAGCAGGGAAAACAGACCCAUGUUGCGUAAGGGCAAGACUAUAGGAAGGUGUUGUUCAGGUGCUGUGUUUGGGCCUGUGGCGGGCGGAUCCAGACCGGUCGCCACAGACAGGAGACUCAAGUGAGGACCUGGGGGUUGGAGGCGGAGCUCAGACAGACAUGGAGGCUCCCGGCGAGCGCGGUACUCACGCAUCCGUCCUUCAGCCACUCCUGGAAGCUGGCCCGGCCUGUCGCGGGCCGCGUCACUUUGGCGCCACACUGGGCCAUGAUCCACUCCACCAGCCGCUCCUCCAGCUCCGGGUCGUACUUCUUAUCGAUCUUGGACUGGACCUCCCGGCUGAAGCCGUACAACGGACCUUUGUUUGCCAUGCUGCUGCUGCUGCUGCGGCGGCGAGAGCUUCUGUGAGCGCGUGGCUGGAAACAUUUAGCAGGUGAAACACACUUCAAAUCCCCAGGUGCACAGAACCCCGCCCCCCUGAGGGAGAAACCAACAGGGCAGAGAACCAUCCUCGGACCGUCUUUCAUAACUAACACCCCGCUCCGCCCGCCGCCUGGGACCGCACUUCCUUCUAGCAGAAAUAGUUUGGAGCAAACGGGCUCCAGGCCUGUCACUCAGGCCACUUCCUGCAUCCUGUUUGCUUGUUUAACUUCCUUCCUGAGGCUCUGCAGCAGCGGCCGCCGUGUUUCGACGCAACACUUCUGCUCACCGUGGCAACAGAUGAUUCCGCGCUCCUCUUUGUGUUGAAGAGAUCUUUGAUAUGGAGGAGCUCAUGAGGUGGCAGUUGGGCCGCUGGUUCCAGGUGCUUCCCUGGAGAAAGCGGGGCUGCUGAUGUCCUUGCUCUCCCCCUCAAACCUGCAUCUUCUGCUGCUCACUGGCAGCUGAUCUCUGAGCACCAGAUAAGUGGCGUGACCUCUGACCCUCAGCUGAUUCGUGGAGACAAGAUAGAGAUCCAGCGGACUCAGACAUUCCUCAGACUCUUCACUCUUGAUUCUGACCUGGUUCUCAGCUCAAAUCUGACUCCCUCAAUAACAGCUCCAUCAGAAAGUGCGAUUCAAACUUUUAAGACCAGGGUGAGUGAAUGAUAAACCAGAGUAGAUCCUGGUUAGACGUCACUUCUACAGGCUCCACAGCGCUGGAAUGUAGCUGCAUGUUCCUCACAGCACCAGACUUUCCUGGCAGCAGAUGUGUUCCUGACUGACAUCCGUGGGACGCUGUGAACACCGUCGCUCAUCGAGCGAUAAAGGCAAUUUCUGCGUCACCGUGCUGAACUUUGCUCACCUCGCUGUUCACCGUGGUGACGGGCCAUGUGACUCUCCCGAGGACGUGUUGCGCAAACAGCGUCUCUCCUCACCUGAGAUCCAACUGAAGUGAUCCGUCUGAUUUGGCUUCGUUUGUUCACUCAAGUUUACACAGGCGCUUUGGAGAAGCCGCCGGCGCCUCGAGCAAACAGAGCAGCUCCUCGACCUGCUGUUCUCAGCUCGAGCCGCGAGGCCAGAUGCGAGUCCAGUUGACUGUUUCCACCCAGAGGAGCUCUGCAGCCUGAUGCCAGUGGAGCUUCUGAGACCAAGAGCCGUCAGUCUGAGGCCAAGCAAACACGCCGCCCGCUGACGCGGUCACUGCUGAAGCUUCAUGAACGCUGGAUGUUCAUGUACUUCACAGUGUUUUCGUACAUCGCUUGCAGUUCAGUUCUUUUAGAGCGUCUCUGCGAUGCGCUGAGCUCAGAACAGCGUGAUGUUAAACCAGCGCCUCAGGCUGUAAACAUGUUCUUUUGCUCAUCACUAUUUAAAGAAAAAUGACACGUUUUAGAACAGUUUCUUCCAAAUCAGCUGCCUGUUUGUUGCUUUAGCUUAUACGCUAAAUAAAUAGAUGCUAACACAGUGUUCUCAAACGCUGGUCUGGGGGCCACUUUGAGGACCACCAGUGUCCUCUUUGAGCUUGCAACAUACUUUUAAGCUCUUGUUUUUAUGUUGGGUAAAAGCACAUGACAAUGUACUAUUUAGAACUCAGAGAUUUUCAUGUAUGCGGUUAAAAAUGCUAUGUUGUGUAGAAAUAUAGUAUAUUGUAAAUAUAGUUUUCUGGGAAAGAAACAUGUCAAUAAAAGUGAAAGUGGUCACAUGUGUCUUCUUUGCAGUCACAAAAUACUUCCCUUUUCUGAGGAGCUCUGAGUCAGUUCAUGGAAUUUGUGAGCGUGAGAUGGGUCAGAACCAGAACCUCCAGCUGGGAGGUUUGGAAGAGGCCAUUACCGUUAGCAGGAACUGGACAAGCCUGCCGUCCUGACCACGGAUCGAAGCCCACUACUGAGCGCAGACACCCACUAACUCUGACUCUGACUCUUUUUUUUUUGGUGUCCCACCAGGAGCCAGGAGUCCGAGGCCUGGUCAGACAUGAUCUGAUAACAGGUUUAUGUAACAGCCA